CUUGUCUGACUUCAUUUACAAAAGAGCAGAAGAAGCUUGUCUGACUUCGCCCUGGAAACAUAUCUAUCUAGAAGAGAGCUUACACAUCGACUUCAAUGCUGUUCAUCGUUAAAGUUAAACUGCCACUGCCGCUGUCGCAAACCAACAAAAAUGUCUGGCGCUGGCUGCGUGGUGGGUGGACGAGAGAUGUCAUCCCUCAGCGUGGCAUGUUACAUUGGUUCUAAAAUUGAAUCCUUGCUUGGAAAUAGCAUCAGCGUAAAGUGCAUGGUUGAGGAUGAGAGAAGUGUUUUUGCUAGCUGUGCUGCUGAAAUUUUGGAAAACUUAGAAGUAAAUCACCCUGCAUAUCACAUCAUCAAUGAUGCCUGCCAGAACCACCACAAGACAUAUGGUUGUUGCUGUAAGACCCUGCUAGUUAUGAUAAAACUAUGGGCUGAGUCAGCACAGGAGCUGCUGGAACAGGGUGUUCCCAUCCAAGCUAUAGUCUCAGGAUUUCAGGAAGGCCUAGAAGCCUGUAUCAGUAGUCUGCAGCCAGUGUGUAUCAAUGUCAGUCAUUCUCACCCUCUGGAAAUAGACACCAUGAUAGCCAACACAGUGGAUAAUCCUGCAGGACAGAAACAGUGUGUUUCAGCAAGUAUCAAAGAUAAAGCAGCAUGGGAGAAAGAUGGACAUUUGUGUAGUCUGAAAGAAUGUAAUGCAGUGAAAAGAGAAGGGAUUUCUGUUUGUUCCCAGGAAAACGUCUUGGUAGAAAAAGCUGAGCUCCCAGAAAAAUGUGAGCAUGUGAAUGGUUUAACAAACUGUGGAAUAUUGUCUGGUAAUAGUGCUGAGAAUAACACAGGAACAAACCAAAGUGGUCAGUCAGCAAAUACGCUGAUAGUUGAUGACCAUUUUACAUGCAAAGUUGACAGAGAGGAUGGCCAUUUGACCAACAAAGUGGACAGGGGUACAGUGGACCAAGAUGACCCCAAUGACAUCAGCUGGUAUUUUGCUGAUGGUCAAGUACCUGCACCCCCUUCAAUUGACCAGGAGACCCUGGACUUACUGGACAGGUCAUCAAGACUACUGACCUCCAUGGUACUGCCUGGUCAGAAUAUUGAAAAUGGCCGAAAUAGACUGGAGAACUGUUCAGUGUUUGAGAAUCCUGUUCCUACAAACUUUGAUGCCUUUGACCAUUUUGCCUCAUCUGAUGUAAAUGUUUAUUCUCAUUGUCAGAGUAAGCCUGUUGAGGUUCCUGGUGAUGUUAAUUACUCAUCAUAUGAAGGUCAUGUGGCUGACACUGAAUGUCAAGGUCAUUUAACGGACAGUGAUGAUGAAUUUGACAGUUGUUUUGAUGAAAUCCAAUACAAGACAAAAACGGAACCUUUAUUGAAUGGGAGGACUGGAAAGACCCAUUUUGAAGAAAAGAAAAUCCAUUUGAAAAACAAGACAAGUGUGUUAGAUAAGAGAGAGAUGAAUGAAACAAUAUGCCCCAGUCCCAUUGCAGACAGCACAACAAACCAGACAAAAACCUGUGUGGAUGUGUUAGGUGAGACAGUUCUGGGUGAGACAGUGUGUUCUAGAUCCAUUGUGGAUAGCUUAGCAUUACAGUCAAAUAGUGAAACAAACACUGUGACAAGGCAAUCUCAAAGAAAGCUUAGUGAUAUCAACUCAGGGAUAACUUUUGAAUCAGGUCCUAAACAGGUGAAGACACUGAAUGCAGUGAAAAUACGAAACAGACACAUGACAAGGCAGACGUAAGGGAUUUAUUUGAUGCUAAAAUUAAAGAAAAAUUAUCCUUUAAACCAAAACAUGUCUUCAACAGUAGCAGGCAUUAUAAGACUUCAGAAACUGCAGCAGAA